CAGCAACUUCAGUCUCCAAUAUUCAUUUGUCAAUUUUGCCCUUUAUCACUUCUUCACUAUUUCCUUAAACCCCAGCAAACCACCACCUGCAACCUCCGCCAUCGCCGCCGUAUAAUUCGCGGCAAUUUCAAAAUUGAAGAUAUUACAGAGGAAAUAAAAUGGAGACGUCCUGUGCAUAUGCACGAUGUUCAUGCUCACUGUCAGCGGCCCAGUUUUCUGUGGUACCUCCAUAUAAUGUAUUUCUUCCUCUUCCAACUAGUAGGAAGCUGCGGCAGCAUAUGCUGCUUCCUGUAGUAGCAGUGGCGAAGAAGGAUCUUAGAGGGAGUGUCAAUGACACAGAGCCGAGUACGAGCAAUGAUGGUAGUGGAAAUUCUGCCAAAGGGUCAGGGACGACAGCAAGAGGGCGCCGUUUGUUGAAAGUUCGGGAGGAAAAGCGGAAGCGUGAUCAGGAGCGGCUCCACAAUUAUCCUGCUUGGGCAAAGGUACUGGAAGAUGCGUGUAGAAAUGAUUCCGAGCUUAGAGCUGUUCUGGGAGAUAGUAUUGGUAAUCCUGACCUCAUGAGAAAAAGAGUUGAAGAAAGGGUUCGGACGAGGGGCAGAAAUAUCACAAAAUCUAAAUCUGGAUCUGUCCUUGCAUUCAAAGUUAGCUUUAGAGAUUUUAAUCCUCUUGAUUCAUACAUAUGGUUUGAGUUAUACGGAUCCCCUUCUGAUCGAGAUGUUGACCUUCUUGGCAGUGUGAUUCAAUCAUGGUAUGUGAUGGGCCGUUUAGGUGCGUUUAAUACAGCCAACUUACAGUUAGCUAACUCAUCGAUGGAGCACGACCCCCUCUAUGACGCGGACAAGGGAUUCAAGGUGAUGCCUUCCUCGUUCCAUGAUAUAAGCGAUGUUGAAUUCCAAGAUAACUGGGGCAGAGUCUGGGUGGACCUUGGCACGGCUGAUAUCUUUUCAAUCGACGUGCUUCUUAACUGCUUGACUGUAUUGAGCUCAGAAUAUUUGGGCAUACAACAGGUGGUUUUUGGGGGUAGGAAACUCGGAGACUGGGAAGAAGGGAUGACCAGCACUGAAUUUGGGUAUAAAUCCUUCAAAAUAUGAAAAUUUUCGUUUGCUACAAAGUAAGACUGAUGUUUUAUAGCUAAGGUUUAUCAUCUUCUUGUGUAAAAAACGUUCUAGUUGUUGAUUUGAAUAUUAUGAUCUCUUCUCUC